AUGUGGCGUCGAGCUCUAGUGCGUUGCGCGCUUGCGCUCCAGCCGUCGCACGCCGCGUCCAGGUUGCUCCCAUCGCAGCCUCUGCGCCUGUUGUCCUCCACUCCGUCUGCCCUGGUGCGUGCGACCAGCGCCGCGUUCCCGCCCUGCCGCUGCUCCAGCCACAAGCGCUGCUUCGCCACUCAGACCAGCGACGACGACAAUGACAGCAACUCGCCUGCGCCUGCAGCCUCUGCCGAGUCCAGCACUGAGGCCGCCGCCGACUACUCGGGCGCUCCGGGCGUGGAGAGUCCCGGCGACAAGUUCGUGAUGGUCUACACGUGCAGCGUGUGCGAGACGCGCUCGGCCAAGACCAUCAGCAAGCACGCCUACUACAAGGGCGUGGUGCUGGUGCGCUGCCCCGGGUGCGAGAACCUGCACCUCGUGGCCGACCGUCUGGGCUGGUUCGAAGACGACAGCACGGACGUGGAGAGCCUGCUGCAGCAGAAGGGCGAGAAGGUCCGCUUCGUCAUAGGCGAAAACGUCCUCGAACUCACCGAGAACGACAUCCUCGGCAGCAAGAGCGAGCAAUAG